AUGGCCUUCAACUUCAACUGGUCGCCGCUCACGGCCGAUGCCGAGUUCUACCGGCGCGCGCGCGACCUCUUGACCAAGGCUCUGAACAAAUCCCCCAAGCCGCCCAUCAUUGUCGAUGAUAUCCUCGUCAGCGAAUUCAACCUCGGCAGUGUGGCGCCCGACCUGGAGAUCCUGGAGAUUGGCGACCUUGCGGAGGAUAGGUUCCGAGGCAUUUUCAAGAUGAGCUACACCGGCGACGCCUUCUUGACCCUGAAGACGAGAGUUCAAGCCAACCCCCUGAACACAUACCUCUAUUCCAAGCCCACCUUCACCUCGCCACAACCCCUGGCAGCUGCGUCAGGACUCACUAUCCCUCUCUCCAUCACCCUGUCAGAAAUCAAGCUUUCGGCAUUCAUCAUUCUCGUCUUCUCCAAGCAAAAAGGCCUGACCAUUGUCUUUCGCAAUGACCCACUUGAGUCACUCAAGGUCUCCUCGACCUUUGAUUCGAUACAGUUCGUUCGCGACUACUUGCAACGGACCAUCGAACAGCAACUACGCAACCUGAUGAUGGAUGAGCUACCCACCAUUAUCCACAGGCUAUCGCUCCAGCUCUGGUGCCCCGACCAAGUUAACAAGGGAACUGAAACGCCCAGCGAAGCUGAAGAUGAAGCGGGUGUCGACCCGCUCGCAAGCCCCCCAUUGGACCCCGUGGAUGCCAACGGCAACCUGGUGGAUCCGAAUGCCAUCUCAGAGCUUACCUUGAACGGUGGCGGUGAGGUCCAAUCGCUCUUCUCCCAAAAGAACCUAUUGCGACUUGCUGCCUUGACGGAUUCUCAUCGCACCCUCUCCCUCUUCACUCCUGGUAUCCGCGACGUCGUCUUCCGAGCCUGGACUGGGCAUGGGGAUCGAUCUGAUGCCUCGACACCAUCCAUCGGAACACCAAGCCUCACAAAGACCCACUCAAUUGUUGCGGGGUCAACUACGACGUACACGUUCUCCGACUCGGGUAGCACCGCUCAUGGACACCUACCGUCUCGGCCCUCGCUUGUCAGCCUCAACUCGGCUACUACUGGACUGUCAUUAGGGGCUGGUGGUCGGUCACGACCAGGCCGCAAGAAGAAGAACCGAGUUGUCAACCUCAGGCGCACCAAGUCGGAGGCUGCGACCCCUGACAAUGUUAGCGAGGCUUCUGAUACGGCCUCUGUUGACGUGCCGUCAUCAGAGCCGAUGAUCUCGGACUCGAUCCCGGAGGAACCGGAAGACGGAUCCGUGAUUGCUGAGGCACCUACUCCGAACAAGGUUCGCUUCAGAUCCUUGGAGGACCCGACCCAUCGCCCACUGAUGGCUGAUCUGUACAAAUUGUCCCAGAUGGGCGAUGGUUCCUCUUCCAUCAAGGCUUCAGAAAACGCCACCGAGCCUCUAUCCACCUGUGCCACGGUUGCCGCGACCAGCAGCCUGGGUGUCAACAAGGAGAAAGCCGCUUUUCUCGAAACCCAGAGCGCCGCCGGGUCUGACUCCUCUUCGGUCAUCCUCGAGCAAGCAUGGAUCAUGAAGAUGGCUGGCGAAAUUGCGAAACGCGUCUACGACGAGAAAAACCGACAACGCGGCACCUGGGAGGAAGGGGAAGAUGCCCCACCACCAGCCUACGAAGCUGCAACCCGUUGA